UGUUUGUUUGACGCUAGUCGUUUUCCAUUUACUUGCACUGCUUUCCUUUGGCAAAUCUAAGCUCUCUUCUCUCUCUCACUCUCACUCUCCUUCUCCCUCCAUCUUCUUUCCUCGAUUGAGAGAACUUGAAUCUGUGUUCUUCUUUUUGAAUCCUUCGCAUUGUCCUCCAUUUUCCUGCUUUUUCUCGAUAUGAACUAGGGCUUUUUUUCCUCAUUUGGAAUCUCUGUUGUACUGCUUCUGCUUUUCCCUAUUUUUUUUUGUUUCUGGAUCCAACUGAUAUCCAUGGGUAACAAUUUACUGUUUCUGGGUACCCUCAUUCUGAUCUUCUCUGGGUUCGUGGCUCCUGCUCCUUCAGCUAAUUCACCGGCGAAGAUUAUCAAUGGUUUCAUCUCGAAUCACGGUUCCUCCCUCAUGAAAUGGUUAUGGUCCCUCAAGACCACCUCGAAAAAAACAGUGAUUUCCUCGAGGUCGAUGGUGAGAUACGAAAAUGGGUACACGGUGGAAACAGUGUUCGACGGAAGCAAGCUCGGUGUAGAACCAUAUUCCGUCGAGGUCCUUCCAAACGGAGAGCUGAUUAUUCUGGAUUCUGCCAAUAGCAACAUCUACAAGAUAUCCUCCUCGCUUUCUCUGUAUAGCAGGCCAAGGCUGGUUACUGGCUCACCAGAAGGAUAUUCGGGGCACGUGGAUGGGAGAUUAAGAGAGGCAAGGCUGAACCAUCCUAAGGGGAUCACGGUAGAUGACAGAGGAAAUAUCUAUGUUGCAGACACGAUGAAUAACGCUAUCAGAAAGAUAAGUGACGGAGGAGUUACAACAAUCGCUGGGGGAAAAAAUGGCAGGGGAAGUCAUGUGGACGGUCCAAGUGAAGAUGCAAAAUUUUCUAAUGAUUUUGACAUUGUUUAUGUGGGAAGCAGUUGUUCCUUGCUCGUCAUAGACCGAGGAAACAGAGCCAUUAGAGAGAUCCAACUCCAUUUUGAUGACUGUGCCUAUCAAUAUGGAAGCGGGUUUCCUCUCGGGAUCGCUGUGCUCGUUGCUGCGGGUUUCUUUGGUUAUAUGCUAGCCCUGUUGCAAAGUAGAGUCGGGUCUAUUAUGUCGUCUUACAGCGAUCAAGAAAUCUACGACACAAGCCUGGAUCAAAAGCCUCUGAAAUCAGUCAGGUCGCCUCUGAUUCCAACAGAAGGGGAUAAAGAGAAACAAGAGGAAAGUUUAUUCGGGUCACUGGGAAAUCUUGUUUCUAAUUCUUGGGCAUCCUUUAUGGAGAUUUUCGGAGGGAUACUUCCCCAUCUUGGAAAGAAGCAUCAAGAAACACGGCAGUUUUCUUCUGCUGCAGCUGCAGAAACGCCAUGGCCGGUUCAGGAGAGCUUUGUGAUACAGGAUGAAGAUGGACCUCCACCCAUUGAGCCCAGAAACCCUACUCCCAAAAAGACCUACGCUUUCAUGUCCAAAGACGCAGAGAAAAUGAACCAGUUGCGUCAGAGCCGUGCGUUUUACAGCAGCUGGGACAUGGAAUUUCAUCAUCAGCAGAAGCAGAAACAGCAUCAUCGUAGGCAUCACUCAUCUGUUCCACAUACAUUUUAUGAACAGAGCAGUGAGAAAACCAAUGAGAUGGUCUUUGGAGCAGUUCAAGAACUGGACAUGGCUGCUGCUGCUGCCGCCGUGGCUGUGGACUCUGGAAAACAUCCAACGAAUGGUUAUCAGAGUGUUCGAUACAGAUCUCAUUCUGGAAGUUACCCUUAUAUGUGAAACUGUCCCAGAGUUGAAAUCUUGAGAUGACCGCUUGCUCCUUCGUGAGAUAAUGCAGGCGAUUGGAAGUUUUGGAUAUAGGUUGGGUGGUGGUGGGAUCUGUGGUGAAAUUGGGUAACUUUAGAUCUGUCUUGUAAGAAAGGUUCCGACUUUGAUUGUAUUUGGAAAUAUAACGAGUUGCUUGUCUUAAGAAAAAAAAAAUCAAAAGAGGAAAAUAUAUUUAUCAUCAUCAAAUUGCCAAUAUCA